CCGAAAAUGGCGCUAUCCUAUCAUCUUCUUCCUCAGCUCCGAUUGACCAAAACGGCGCGUUUCAAUGUGAGGUGCGAGACCCCACCUACAGAGGCGUCGGAGGUCCCGGCGAAGAAACCCAGUUCGCAGGGGAUGGGAUUCGGGUCGUCGGCGAGUUCUGGGGAAAAUUCGAGUGUGGAUUCGAAGCAGAAGAAGGCGGGGAGGGCUAAGAUUAUACGGCGGUCGCCGGUGGAGAAGCCGGUGCUGUUUAGCGAGGAGGAAGAGGCUAAGGCGAAUGAGAUGGGGAGUAAUGAGGGUGCUUUUGUUGUGGCUUGGUUGGGGCUUGGUGGUGUGAUUCUGGUUGAAGGUCUUGCUCUUGCUACUUCAGGCUUCCUUCCAGAAGAGUGGGAUAAAUUGUUUGUGAAGUAUUUAUAUCCAUCUUUUACGCCAACAGUCCUCUUGUUUCUUGCUGGAACAACCGCAUAUGGAGUAAUAAAGUACCUGCAGAAUGAGAAACUGAAAGAUCAGAAAUGAUAUAUACUUAAUUAGUAUAGAGAGAAACUAUGAGGUACAUGCAUGAGGCAAUUCUGUAGUUAUUUAAGGUUGUACUUUAUAGAAAGUUAAUAUACUGAGAAAUUGCGGACCAUCUACAGUGCUUCGUUUAAUCACUUCUGUUCAUUGA